UCCUACUCCUUCCAACUACAACAGGGCAGCAUAGCCAAAAGCAUAAACAAUAGAAUCACCGAGUUUCCCAACUCAGUCCGUGUGCCAGUGACAAACAUGGCUCUAAAAUUCUCGUUACUUACCCGUAGAUUCACUCACGUGUACCGUUUCACGAGUUUUUCUUCAAAAACCUUGUGCCUUUCUGCGGCCGGCACUAGGUUCCCCGUCAGAGAGUCCAAGGGCUGUUCCUAUCCAUGUGUUUCCAGGUCCAGUCAUCGAGCUGUGUUUAAUGAAUGGGGUGCUCGCAAAACGGGAGCAGCUGGGCUGGUGGGUUUCGAUUAUUUACGGGUUUCAGCAGUUUCGGACGGCGGGUCCCGUGGAAGCGGUGGGUUUGGAGGCUCCGGUGAUGGGAAUUCUGGUGGAAAAGGUGAAGGCGCCGAUGGUAGUGGAGGAGGUGGCGGUUGUUCCUUUCUUUCAUGGUAUUUGGGUCUUCUAGCAAAACAUCCUGUGUUGACAAAAGCUGUGACAUCUGCACUUUUGACUCUCGUUGGCGAUUUGAUUUGCCAGCUUGCGAUUGACCGAGUGCCGUCCCUCGACUUGAAAAGGACAUUUAUAUUUACUCUACUGGGUUUGGUGUUAGUAGGUCCUUCAUUGCACUUCUGGUAUUUAAAUCUAAGUAACUUCGUUAAAUUACCUGGAGCAUCAGGUGCUUUCUUGCGGCUUUUGCUGGAUCAGUUUAUUUUUGCUCCUAUCUUUAUCGGAGUUUUCUUAUCGACGUUGACGGCACUGGAAGGAAGGCCGUCGCAAGUUGUACCCAAACUUCAACAGGAGUGGUUUUCUGCUGUUGUCGCGAAUUGGCAGCUAUGGAUACCUUUCCAGUUUCUUAACUUUCGGUUUGUCCCACAACAGUUCCAGGUCCUUGCUGCGAAUUUCAUUGCUGUAGUUUGGAAUGUGAUUCUCUCAUUUAAAGCUCACAAAGAGAUACUAACCAGGUAAAUGAUUGCUUGAGUUCCAAGUUCAAUAAUUGUAUUGGUUGAGAUAAUGAUUUGGAUUACACUCUUUUGUAAUGUUUACUAAAUUCAAUUAUCCUAGGAUUGUCUUUACUUGGCAAGUUAUUUCGAUUCAG